CGCCGUUCACAUGUGAAUGCUGCUUUGACACGAGACUCCUCAAUGACAGCAAAUACCCGACCCGGACAGCAGACACCGCGACGACAUGCCAUUCAGUGGCGCCAUCAGCCGAUCCCCUAGACGUUGUCACGAUGGCUGGCGGGUUGCUAUGGAGCGUAUUUGGCUGCUUCGCUGAGAUCUUCUUGUUCUGGCUACGGCGACUAUUUGCAUGGUGGACCAAGAAGAGUCCGAGAGAUCUGCUGCUCGAAACCAUAGCAGAUGCACGCUGCUUCGAGGAAUGGGAGGCAUCAGCGUACCACCUCGAUGAGCUCCAAGGGUACGAUCUCUGGCGCCAGAAUGCCACGAGCAAGUACUACAACUACCGUCUCAUACACCAGCGCCUCACGGCCAUCAUCGAGACCCACGAAGAUGAUGACAUGCUAGGCCUAAUUGGCCUGCUGAGGAGCGGCCUCGUUCGAAACCUCGGAAACAUCACAGCACCACGCCUAUUUGACCGUGCAUACGGCGGAACAAAGCUCCUGAUCGAGGACUAUGUCACGCAAGUCUCGUACGCGAUCGAGUACCUCACCAACUACCCAACGACGGCAAGCUCAGAUACAGGAUUGACGAACCAGGCGAAGCUGGAUGUGUUGCAUGAUACAAGGCAGGCAUUUGGGAGAUCGGUGCUGGUGCUGCAGGGUGGGCAGGUCUUUGGCAUUUGUCACUUAGGUGUGGUCAAGGCACUACACCUACGUGGCUUGCUGCCUCGUAUUGUUGCUGGAACUGCGACAGGAGCCAUCAUCGCAGCGCUGGUAGGCGUGCAUACCGAAGAUGAGCUGCUGGACUUCCUCAACGGCAAGAACAUCGACUUGAGUGCGUUCAAGAAGCGCCCACAGAAGAAAGGGUCGAAAGGUAGCGGCUGGCUUGAGACACUCACGCGCCGUGUCAGACGUUGGUGGCAAGAGGGCCACUUUCUUGAUGUGGGUGUGCUGGAGCAGCUUCUGAGGGCAAAUGUUGGGGAUUUGACGUUCGAAGAGGCGUACACCAGAACGAAGAGAGUUCUGAACAUCACCGUGACCACCAGCGGUGGCGGAGGCGUGCCAAACCUAUUGAAUUAUCUCACAGCGCCGAACGUGCUCAUCUGGUCUGCCGCUCUUGCUUCGAACGCGACCGCAUCCUCCACGCUCUACAACCCUGUCGUUCUGAUGUGCAAAGACGAUUCUGGCGCCAUUGUUCCCUGGUCUCCAGCUUCAGACACCACGUUCCGCCCAUGGACUCAUGCCUCCUAUACUGACCGCCAAUCGCCACUGCACCGCAUAGCUGAGCUCUUCAACGUCAACCAUUUCAUCGUCUCGCAAGCACGCCCCUACCUUGCGCCCUUCUUGCGGUCCGAUCUACAUCAUCCGAACCCUCGACAAGAUGGGCGCUGGAAGCUCAGCAUGCCAAUUCUCAAGCUUGUGGUGCUGGAAGUACAACACAGGCUGCACCAGUUAGAUGAGUUGGGCUAUCUGAGUCCGAGCAUACGCAGGUUCCUGCUUGAUGAGAACAUCCCUGGCGCGAGCCUGACGCUAGUUCCCGAGCUCACGCCAGGAGACUUCUUCAAGCUGUUGGAGAACCCAACGAAGGAAGCGAUUGACUACUGGAUUUUGAAGGGCGAGCGGAGUGUGUGGCCAGCUGUGACGGCGUUGAAGAUCCGGUGCGCCAUUGAGGUUGAGUUAGACAGAGGGUAUCAGCUCGUUAGGAGGCGCAGGCCUUUCGAAAGUGUGCGCAAUGGCAGCUUGAGGAAGAGUGGGAGUCGAGGAGAGGUCAGGUCGGCAUAUGGAAGUCAGGACUUCGGGCAGGGUGGCCGGACACAGAAGAGAGCGAGGGCGGAGAGCUUUGGUGGGUAAUAUCUUUCGAGCGACGAUAAGCUCACAUGCAUAGAGUAACAUGGAGACCACACUUCGUAAUGAAGUCAUUUCAAUGUCUCGGUAUCGGUCCACUCAGACCCUUCAUGAGCGAGAAGCCUAAUAAUGCUCCCAUACCGAAGGCUAUUAGUGUGUUCAUCGACAAUACCAUCUCCUUCUGGCCCUGG